CUUUUAGAUGGUUUAUACUGAAAUUCAUUUUCCAGAUUGUAAUCCAAAACCAGAAGCCUAUUAUACAGCACUGCCCAAAGAAUGCAGACAUCGUAGUUACAAUUUGGGACGAUGCAGAGAAGACAUUCGUCUUACAGAGGGAGAGCAAGAAUACUGCUGCGGGCCUACAAAACAGAUAUCUUUCACCCUAAGAUGUGAAGGGUUCAGGCUAAAGCUUGUCGAAACAUUUAGAUGUGGAUGGAAGGUAUGUAACCAAUUCAACAACCCUACUACAGGCGGUGUGUCUAUCCAAGAUAAUUCUGUGACCUUCUAUGGAAGGGCUUUUGAUGUUGAAGACAGCAGUACUCCACUUAUGUUUGGUUCUGUGACAGUGGGAGGAAUCCACACGACAUAUACAAGUUUUACAGGAAAUUUCCAAUUUGCUGUGCCCCAGGGUCAAUCUCGAAUUGUUGUAAAUGUCAAAGUAAGAUUCAUACCACAAAACCUUGUAGAAACGACCAAAGUUUUCCAUAUACCUGCUGGACAUAUUGGAAUAUUCUAUAAAGAUAUCCCAAUGAUGCAUAAACCAGAACCAGUCAUAAUCGAUACAUCAAAUACAAACAGAAUCAACUUAGCACCAGAAAAUGAUGAGCCACUGGCAGAAAUCCUAAUAUCAAAUAAAGACAGUCUGUUUACGUUCAAUGGGCAGCCUUACCGAGGGAAGCUCAAUGCAUUUGUUAACUUUGUUGAUACCAGAAGCCUGUCAUCUUUAGACACUAUGGUUGGUGAUUUGACAUUUGAAGACAAAGAAGGAAACACAGGACUACUACAAACCUUUGGAAUGUUUCGUUUAUCUUUUGAGGACUUUGAAGGUAGAGAGGUAAAGAUGGAAGGCACAAUAGAUGCUGCAAUUAAAGCUGAAUUCGUUGAACGCAGUAGUGGAGGUGAAAGAGCUAAUCUGUAUAGUUUUAAUGAAAAAACUGGGCGUUGGGAAGGUGCAUCAAGAAUGUCAAGAGGCAGAAGAACAAAGCGAGCCCAAGCAAACUUUGAUAGCACUUUCUUAGUUGGAAAUAUUGUCAUCACAGACAGGUAUUGGAUCAACUUUGAUAACCCAAAUCUCAAUUAUUGUUUCAUCAACAUGAGGACAUAUACUGAUGCUACAUUUACAACAGAGAUUCCUUGGGCUUCAUCAACUGAAUUCACAGUUAUAGCUCUGGAUCCUACUGCAACUUCACCAUGGAAUCAAAUAACAACAGGGGGAAUGUCAUUAAACCAACAACUUGCAUCAUCCCAGAACUGUAUUUUGACUGUGUGUGGUACAACUGAUAUCCAUGCGUACCUGUUUGCUGAAAAUCAAAAUGGACCGUUCUCCUCAUCUGCAUUGCUAGGUGGUAGUGCUCCUGUUUACCCUGUUAAUAACAUAAUUCCAACCAUCAGUGGAGCAGCUGGCUCUAUUAUCCACAAUAAACCAAUUGAUACUACAGCAACGCUUGGGGCCCCGGGAGCAAACACAGAAGGGCCAGUAUACCACAAUGCAUUCAACAACCCAGCAUUGGCACAGACACAAUGCCGAUCAGCAACAACAGCUAAUCCUCAUUAUAGAUUCUAUAGGGACCCAAAUUCCUUGUACGAGUACAGUGUUUGUUUGAACUUCUUUGCUUGUCCAAUGAUGCCAGCUAUAUACCCAUUGAUUUGGUUCCCUCAAGCUCCUACUACUUACUGGGCAUGGUAUGUUAAAGUAAGGGUUAGCGUGGUUGGUCAACCACUCACUGAAUCAUCAGUCAGAGCAACAUCAAAAGGAGCUCUACAUCCCCUGACUUUAAAUCAGAUAUUCGGAAUCCGAGAGGACACAACCACCAGCAGAACUGUUUGUUUGGAAUACAAAGGUAGUGGGAACAUAAUUGUUAGCAUAACUCCCCCACUUAAUCCCCCUGACGAAACGAAAAUUGACAUAGAUGUACAAGGCACUGGAUGUGUAGGUACUCCAUCUGCUGGAUUAGUUACAUAUCAACAGCCAUCAGGAAGUCUGUUCAGCUUUAAACCUCCAAGCGGGGUUGCCCAUGGAGGAACAGGAACCGGACUCUAUUUUGCAAAUGCGGCAGCUAUGAAUUCAGCAAAGUCCCUGGCCAAAGCUAGAUGUGAGUGUGCAGAUAUAACACUUGGAACACCAAAUUGUCAAGUACCCUUACCAGCCAUGGGAGUUGGGUUGUCAGUGACUUGUCAACCAUAAAUAAAACUACAUGUACACCACUGCUUAUAAUUUGUCAAUAUUAACAAUAACAUAACAAAGGACACUCUAUUUAAAGGAAGAAUCAGAUAUAGUUAGCAACUUUUCCCAAAAAAUGAUUUGAUUCUGAAUAUUUUUGGCCCAUCGUUGUCAUGUCUUUUUCUCAAAGUUCCUAAGUUCAAAUUCUAUUCUAGGAAAACUAAUGAUUUUUACAUUAUGCAUUCACUUUUCUAUCAAUGUGUACAUGUGGAUAUUUACAUUUACCAUAAGGAAGAUUAACAUAUACCAUAUUUGCACUUGAAUCUUAAAUGAGCUAAGAUAUCACA